AUGUCAACAAGAGAUGAAUGUAGGAAACCUUUAGAAAAGAAAUUUAAGGAAACUCGACAAGGUGAAAGGUCAUUUAAAAGUCCAGAAUGUGGGAAAUUAUUUAUUACAAAAACAAAUCUUGUUGAACAUCAGAGAAUUCACACAGGAGAGAAACCGUAUUCAUGCUCAGAAUGUGAGAAGAGUUUUAGUCUUAAAAUAAAUCUUGCACAUCAUCAGAAAAUUCACACAGGAGAGAAGCCGUUUUCAUGUACAGAAUGUGAGAAGUGUUUUAGUCGGAAGUCACAUCUUGUUCAACAUCAGAGAAUUCACACAGGAGAGAAUCCGUUUUCAUGUACAGAAUGUGAGAAGUGUUUUAGUCAGAAGUCAAAUCUUGUUCAACAUCAGAUUAUUCACACAGGGAAAAAGCCAUUUAAAUGUACAGAAUGUGAGAAGUGUUUUAGUCAGAAGUCAAUUCUUUUUCAACAUCAGAGAAUUCACACAGAAGAGAAGCCGUUUUCAUGUACAGAAUGUGAGAAGUGUUUUAGUCGGAAGUCACAUCUUGUUCAACAUCAGAGAAUUCACACAGGAGAGAAGCCGUUUUCAUGUACAGAAUGUGAGAAAUGUUUUAGUGAUAAAUCAAAUCUUUUCAAACAUUUAAAAAUUCACACGAGGAAGUAG